AGAUUCAAGAUCAAGGAUAUUUUCAACUGUUUAAAAUAUGUUUACCUACUGGAGCAAAAAGGGCAUAGCGAACAAUGUUGAGGAUAAAAAUACAGACGAAUUUGUGCCUCUGGGCGAAAAAAGGUCAUCUUCUGAAAAGUCAAAAGUUGAAGAGGAUAAGAGUAUGCAGCCGCCUACUGAGAAACACCUUCUGGAGUUUCAAGAUUUUCUUAGGCGUGUUCAGACCUUGCAAAUGUCACAUUUUGAGACUAAUGAAACCGAAAAUGUAAUCGUAAAUCAGUCCAAUCUAUGCAGUUCGACGGCGAUUGAAGUCGGCGAGGAAGCCUCCACUAUAUCAGAGGCUGAUAAUAUGGAUAUAGCAUAUCCUUCACCGGCACUGCGAGCAAGUGAAUGUCAAUAUAGCCCUACGGCGACUACUAAUAUCAGGGUUACAGUUGGUAUUGAUAAAGAUUUAGAAAUGAUUCUUGAGAUGGAUCCCAGUAUUGUAGAUUUAGGUGAUAUAAGCAUUGCUGAAACUACAGAACCGCGUAUAUUGGGCUUACCUCCACUUUCUGGUGGACCUACGUUUAAAACUGUGACGCCCACCUCACGGACCCAGCUGAAACUUCAAUUGCAACGGGAACAACAUCAGCAACAACAAAUGAUGAUCCAGCAACAGACAUUGGAUUCGGCAGACCCGAAAAUGCACCUCGCGUUUGGCAAUGGACAGGGCUCCAUGGAAUCGGAAUUCAAUGAUAGUGGCGGUACAAGCGCAUGUGGCAGUGGGUCUUCCAGUUUAGAACAAAUGUCACAACUAGUCCAAAUGGAUAGUUUAAUUAAUCCUUCAAAUGCAGUUAAACUUAAAGUUCCUCUACAAAGUAUCGGUGUUGAUGUGCCGCCCCAAGUGCUACAGGUUAGUACAGUUCUUGAAAACCCGACUAGAUAUCACGUUAUUCAAAAGCAAAAGAAUCAAGUGAGACAGUAUCUAAGUGAGUCCUUUAAGCCUUCUGAUUGGAUCUGUCAUAGUAAAGACAUAAAAAUGGCAAAUAUUUCGGCUUCGACGGGUAAUCUUCAGAGUUCAUCAUUAGAGAAGAGCAACACCCUUCCGUUGGAGCGUACAAACAGUUUUGGUUGCGACACAGGCAUUAGUGAAAAAACGUCUGUGCAGUCAGACGAUUUAAUGCGUAUCUCCCCCUUUGGUGGAAGUUUUUUAAGAACAGAAAACAUACAUCCUAAGGAUCAAAUUUCAUUGCGAGGAAUUGACCAAGUUUCUACAGAAUCAGCAACUGAACAAAAGACCACCCAGAUGGGAUUCGUUAAAAAUAAUAGUCUAAAUUCUUCUAUAACUCGAACUUCCCCAGGAAUGAUGAAUUCAAUAAGGAUUUCUAGCACAACAAGUUCUCUGCAAUCUACUUCAGCACCCAUUUCGCCGAGCUUGAGUUCUGUUGCAACAAGUGCUUCGGAGCCAGAUGAUAUAUUUGAUGAUAUUCUGCAGCACGACUCUUUUAACUUUGACAAAAACUUUAACUCAGAGCUUUCAAUUAAGCAGGAGCCCCAAAACUUAACCGACGCUGAAAUAAAUGCAUUGGCAAAAGACAGGCAAAAGAAGGACAACCAUAACAUGAUUGAGCGAAGAAGACGUUUCAAUAUAAACGACAGGAUUAAAGAGCUUGGUACUCUUUUGCCAAAGGGCAGUGAUGCCUUUUACGAAGUCGUACGAGAUAUUCGACCAAACAAAGGAACUAUAUUGAAGUCAUCUGUUGACUAUAUAAAAUGCUUGAAACAUGAAGUGUCUCGCUUAAGACAAAAUGAGUUUCGUCAACGUCAAGUGGAGUUGCAAAAUCGAAAACUUAUGUCUCGAAUAAGGGAGUUGGAAAUACAGGCCAAGACCCACGGAAUUUCCUUAUCAGACUGCAAUCUAACAUCAGUGUCUGCGCCUACCCCAGCAAACACAUUUCUUAAAAGUUCAAGUCUUUCUCCAUCCGUUUCUCGAAGUCGUCGGUCACUUUUCGACCUACCUAUUGAAAAAAAACCACACGUGAUAAACAGUAGUGACGUAAAUAUGGAAAUGAAUCAGAUUGACGAACUGUUAGAAGAUUGCAAGCAUCCGGUACAAGGAGGUGACCCAAUGUUGUCUUCACAUAGUAAUUUGCAAUCUACUCCACGAACGCCGACCGCACGAAAACUGAGUUGUUCUGGUUUUCCACCAAAGAGUAUCACGGAGACUGAUACAGAACUUUAUAAAGCCAAGUCUAACUUAGAUGACUCUUGUAGUACUUCAUGCUUUAUUCAGCACCAAUUGACGACACACGAGAGUCGUUCAAAUUGUUUUCAUCAUCCUAGUAUACGGAAAAUCCAAGGUUUACCCGAUUCGGUUGAAAAUUCUGAGUUCAGAGGAAUUGAACAUUGUGAUGACAAUCAUGAUCCAUUACUGUCAGCUUCCCAUAGGUCUUUCAUCACAGUAGACGAAGAUCAACAUAGUUCUGUCGAUAUGUCGGCGGUCAUGAUAAACGACUCACUAUCUUCAUUGGUAGACGACAGAAACAGUGAGCCUAUGCUGCUCACUCCUGACACGUUAGAUAUUGACUUAUAAGUCAACAAAAUUAAAAUUGUUUAUAGUUAAUUUGUUUUAUAAUAAAUGCUUGAUAGUAUUGCUUGAACUUAUA